CAUGUUUUGACUGAGCUGCUGCAAUGAUGCUGGAAACAGUCUGACAUUUCUAGCUGAUCAAAAGGAAAACAAGUAACCUCAGCUAUGGAGAGAAAGAGACAGCUACAGAAAAGGGAAUCUGGGAAAAGACUUUCUCUGGACAGCAGUCUUGUGGAAUAUAUGGACUCAAACAAGUACAUCGAGCAUUUAGUGACUCAGCUGGAAGAACAACGCUGGAAUUUAUGGAGGCAAAAGCUGUCUGUGGCUCGUCUGCAGCGUGAAGUUGCACGAAGCAAGAGUGAAGGAGCAAUGCGUGAGAAGCUGAUACAUGAGUUGGAGGAAGAAAGACAUUUAAGACUUGAGAGUGAAAAAAGAUUGCGGGAAGUGACUCUGGAGUCGGAGCGCAACAGAGCUCAGAUGCGUGGGCUGCAAGAACAGUUUUCCAGAAUGGAGGAGACAGUGAGAAAUCUGCUGCAGAGUCAAGGAUCCCCAGGCCAGCAUGGAGAGGGAACUGUCAAUAUCAUGAAGGUACAUCAGGAAAAGCUGUCAGAAGACAGUAGGAAAUGUAAAGAAGGCAUGGAAAAAAAUCACACCCCAGCAGAUGAAGAUUCAAGAAGUGAAAGCAGCAGCACUGAAGAGGAAAAGGAAAAGACGAAAUUGCUAUUGGAGCGUUUGAAAGCUUUGGAGGCAGAGAAUUCAGCGCUGGCUCUGGAAAAUGAAAAUCAGAGAGAACAGUAUGAAAGAUGUCUUGAUGAGGUAGCUAAUCAGGUUGUUCAGGCUCUACUUACUCAAAAGGAUUUGAGGGAGGAAUGUAUAAAGCUGAAAAUGAGAGUUUUUGAUUUGGAACAACAGAAUCAAACAUUAAGUGUGCUUUUCCAGCAGAAAGUCAAACCAGCGUCUGACCUACUUCUUCAGAAACUCCAUUCAUGCAUCUUAGACCUCUCAUCUGGGGAUUUGCUUUCAGAAGUAGAACGGAACAGAAGCCUGAUGCAGUCUCGAACUGCUGAUGCUCAAAUUCACGAACGCCAGCAGAAUGUGAAAUCCAGUAUACCCAUUUUGAAAUGCCAGAGUCAAUUAAAUAUGACAGGUCCUAGCCACCUGUAUCCCCGGAGCAGCUGCAGUAGCAGUGAACUCUCCCUCUCAAGUGCUUGCAGUGAAUAUUCCAGCGGUUCUUCCUACACGUGGAAUGAUGGAAAGACAUGCAGCAAAAGGUCAUCUGUGAGCUGGGAUAAAAGAGUAAGUGUUGGCUCUUCGCUCCCAAGCAACCUCUCAAGUCCUGCAGAUGAUCUACCUCCAACUCGUAUCAAGGAAAACCAUAUCUUAGAAGGGCUGAAGAAAUUACAGAAGAAAAAAAUAUUACUUGAAUCACCUUCAGUAAUAUCAAGAUGGGGUUACAAGGAUUGCAUGAACUCUAAUGAAGGAAUAUAUUCCCCUGGAGUUAAAUGUGGUGGCCAUAAUGAACAGACUUACUGUAAGCCAACAGAAGUAGGAAGUAUUUGUAUUGAACAUAACAAAGCAUUCACUUAUGAUUCAGAUUCACAUGAUGAUGCAGAUGACGACUCUUCAUCCUUACUGUUCCUGCAGGAAGUACCAAGCAAAGACUGCAGGACCUAUUGUAACAAAUUAACACACAGCAUUUCUGAUAGUCUCUUUGACUGGGAUCCUAAUAGGAAACACUUGUCAGAAAGAAGUUCAUACUUUAAUUCAAAGGAAAGACCUGAAAAAUUGACUAGUUUUGUCAGUGGAUUUCAGGCAGAAGUAAAAUCAUGCACCAGAACAAAGCUGCCUGAGUUACAGUUAUAUCAAAGCCAUGCUAAUAUAGGCUGGAAGGACCUUAAUUUUCAGCUUUCAGAUACUGAUGACAAUGAAGUCUUGGAUGAAUUGCAUAUAGAAAGCAGUGAUGAGAAAAGUCCAUCAGAUUUAUUAGCAACUCCUUUUACUGAGAAGUAUACAAAGACCUCUGACAUGCUCAAAGACACAGAGAAUUCUCAGUUUGUAUCUACUGACAAGGAGGAAAAAAAGAUAUCUGCUCCCUCAGACAUUAGGCCAAAGACAUGUAAUUUCAUUAAACAACAAAAGGUUAUAAAAAAGACCUCUUCUGAAGAGUGCAUUACAGUAAUAUUUGAUGCUGAGGAUGGUGAGCCGAUUGAAUUCAGCUCACAUCAAACUGGAGUUGUCACUGUAACAAGAAAUGAAAUUUCAGUCAACCAGCCACGAACUACAUCCAGUGCAGGGUAUACUGAAUUUAUACCUCAGGGAAUAACUGGUUUGCAGACAGGAACCAAUACUAGAAACUACAGUUCUUUAGAAAGACCUGAAGAUGAAACUGAGGAAAAGACUCUUGAAGAUAAUACAGGGAAUAAAAACACAGUUGUCCCCAUGACCUGCAAUGAAUCUUCACACUGUGGAAGAAUGAUGCUGCAAAAUACUCCACGACAAAAACUAGUGAAGCCAGUGUAUGAUGCAACAUACAAGGCCAAUUCAAGCUCCAUUGUGCAUUCAGGAAUCAAUCAAAAGCCAAACUUGACUAAAAUACCAAGCAGAGGUAAAUUUUCUCCACAAAAAACUGUGAUGACAGAGAAUGGGGACACACCUGUAGCUGAAGCAGUAGGCCCUACAGCCCUUGAAAAAUCACCUGCUCUGCCACCUGUAAAGCUUUCAAGAUUCAAAAAGGCACAAAGUCCACCUCAUAAUUUUGACUCAAAGGUCGACUUUCAGGUUCCAAAGACCCCUGUCCACCCUCUGCCUAGCUUGAAACAUCCAGGCAGAAGUGACCGUUCAAAGUAUCCAAAGAGUCAGAAUCCAGCAUCACCACUGUUGCCUCAGCACCUUAUAGAGCCCAGUGACUAUGGAGAACCUCCAACUAGAGACUUUCAUUGUCAUUUAGCAACUGUAGAAACCCGAUCACCAUCCCCACCCCUUCCUCCAGGGAGGUCAACAUCCUUGUUGAUUCGGCCUGAUUGUGCUCAUUCACCACCUGUAGUUGUAAAGUUAGGAGAAGCUGGUCCCAGUGAAACAGCAAAAAAUAUACUGAAAUCAUCAUCAUCAAAAGGAGCUGUGAACUCUGGCUUUCAUAAUCAAUCUAGUCAUGAACUGCGAACAGAAAAUGCAUCUUCUGGGGCCAAAAUUGAAUUAUCUUGCCUUCAAGAAAAUGCAGAAGUAAUUAUGCAAAAUAAGAGCAUAUCUCAGCAACCCCAUAGUGCAUGCCAAGAACUUCCCAAUGUUUCCACAAAGCAAGUCUGCCCAAAAAGCCCUAAUCAGCUGGGUCUCCACAGGAAUCGUGAAUUUCCUAACACAGAUUUUCAAACAGCCAGGUCCUUUUCUCUAGGUUUUCCAUCACUGGAAACAGCUUCUUCACAAGACACAUAUUCCAGCAAAAAAGGUAUUUCCUGUGACAGUGGGGUAGAUCAGACACAAAAGAUGCCAAACAUUCUCCCUGCAACUCCUCAAUGUCAUACCACAAGCACAAGUGAGCCUUUACUAUCUCAGGUAAACAAUUCCCCAUUGUCAACACUGUUUCAUGAUAGUGAAACUGCACAUGCUACCCAAAACUCUAAUGAGAAAGGAAUGAAAACCCGUCUCCCUGUAGGACUGAAAUUAUUUGUCAAAUCUCCCCAGCUUCGCAAGAGUUCUACUGUACCAGGGAAACAGGAAAAAGACAGUAUAAAUGCAGCUUCCAAAAGUAAUGUGAGUUCAAGUAAGUACAAGCAAAAUGAAUCUAUAUGUGUAACCAGUGAAAGUACAAUGGAUGCUGAAUUAAAAGACUCUAAGUCUGAUAUUGAAGUAAAACACAAUUUUACUGUGGGACUUAGUAUGAAUGCAGCAUCACAUCAUUCACAUGAAAACUGCAACUUGGUGGUAGACAGAGUAGAUGGAUUAGAAAACAAAUUAGUUAAGAGAUCUGUUUCUUCUAGUAACAAGUCACACUUGAAGCCAGCUCUGGGCAUGAAUGGAGCAAAAGCUCGCAGUCAGAGUUUCAGCAUUCAUACAGGGGAAAAGCCUUCUGCCCCUGCAACAGAAGGUUUUGGGAAAGUGCGCACUCAGAUUAUUACAAACACUUCUGAUAGAGGAAAUUCUCUAACAAGGCAGAACUCAUCUAUGGAAGGACUUCAAAUCAAGCCCAUUCCUGGGUCAGCAGUGACACCAGUGACUCUUUCAUAUACUCCUAAAACCACAGAAAAUUCCUAUUCUAGACAAGGCUCUCUUGGAAAUACAACUAGUUGUAAUAGCCAGCAUGGAAGCCCAAGCAAACUGCCCUUCAGAUCAUCUCCAAAACUAGACCUGUUUCACAGCGCUUCAAAAUGCAAUGGAAACAAACCAUUUUCUCAGAAAGAUCCACGCAGCCUGUCUGCCCAGAGUGAGAAAAGCACUGAAAGUUUUCAACAUGAAGCUCAUAGUAAAAAAAGUGUUCUACCAGCAGAACUGGAACUAGAACUAGAAGCAUCAGUUUCUGUAUCUUCCAAACAAUCUUCAUCAUUUCAAAGCUCAGGUGGAAUAAAGUGUUCUCAGAAACUGGAAGCAACAAAGUCACAAAAUCAGCAAAUGUGUUUACAGUUAGCAGAACUCCCUGAGAAGGGUGCCAAUAUUUUGAGUUCCACAGCUCUACAACCUACAAUAGAGGAAAAAGUCAUGCUAUGCAUCCAAGAAAAUGUGCAGAAGGGUCAGGGACAAACUAAAUCUCCCACAACAGAGACUAAACAAAGGACUGGGCCCUCUAUAGCUAGUUGGUUUGGCUUUCGAAAGAGUAAGCUCCCAGCACUGAGUAGCCGAAAGACUGAUGAUCCUAAAACAAAGGUAGAAAAAAAAGAUACAAGAAUUUCAGGAUUUGGAAUUAAGCAGGCAAAAUUGGAGAGAAAAAAAGAAAAAAGGAAAACUGAACAACACUGUGAAACAGAAAAUGAAAUUAACAGGAAAGCAGACAAUGGUGAUAUUUUAGCUGAUGCCAUGGACAGCAGAAUUCUGAAACCUUCACAAGACACUCCUGGUGAGAUUGAGUGUGAGCAAGGCAAAGGUUCCAGCACAUCUACAUUCUCACCAAAAGACAGUUUUAUGAAAGAGCUUUUGAACAGAGUUGAUAAGAAAGCAGCUCAGCAGACAGAAAGUGGAUCAAAUAAUGUUUCCUACAGGAGUGUGUCGAAGGGCAGCUCCCAGGGCUCCUCUCUUCACGGCAACUCUAUUAACUCUCAAGGAAACCACAAGAAAAACAGCAACACAAAACCUGAUAUGGAAAUGCAGAAUCAGACCCUGGCUAAAGUAGUCACAGAAAACCUGCAAGAAGAAGAGGAGGACACCAUGACAAGGACUACAUGUCAGAGUCAUGUGAUAGAGUCUUGCUGCCAGAUGAGGACGCUGGACAGUGGGAUUGGAACUUUCCCCUUCCCUGACUCAGGGAACCGAUCUACAGGGCGACAUGUUUCUAAGCAAGACUCAACUUUGCAAAUAGAAGUCCUUGCACAGUCUGAGCAAGUUCUUCUUUCAGCUCCUUCAGUAAAAGCCAAAACUCUUGAGCGAGAAGUGCCUUCAACAGCUAAGAGCCAGGAGUCUGUGGAAAGCAUAAUUAGUCACUCAACAUCUGAUCCGACCAUGAGUGCCAAAGGUAUACGACCUUUUCAAAGUCGCCUUCCGAAACCAGCUUCCUCAGGAAUAAUUAAUCUUGCAAAGCAAAGUGAACAAGAGCCAAGUUCUAUGACCUCUGCCUCAGUAAACCAUACUGAAGAAACUGUGGAAAAGAGAAAAGCACUUCCAGAGUGGACCACCAAGAAAACUACUAAAACAAAGGACAGAGCUCUCAGAGUAUGUACUUACUCUGCAAGCAGCAGUGACACUGAACUGGAGCCAGAGUAUGAAACAAGUUAUUUUAGAACUGCAGAGGAGACUUUUGUAGAGUUAACAAAGAACAACAAACAAGCUGAGCAGAAAAAACAAAGUCAGAGAAAGUCAUUUCUGGGGAACCCAAUGUCAAUCUUGGAUUUAUACCAACACAGUCUCUGUGGCCAUUUUGGAGAGGAUGGACCUGAACAAUUAACACAUUACAGUUUAAUUGAGCAGCUGAGUGGAGCUUCCAGUAAAGAAAGCAAGGGCAAGGAGAGCCCAAGUGUGAAGCAGCUGAGGCUUCUUACACUGCUGAGAGUUUUAGUAAAAAAUCAGGCAAUGGAGAAUGGCUCAGCAAGGAGGAUGAAAUUGAAGCAAACUGAAGAAACAGAAGAUUCCCAGAAUGGAUUAUCUAAAAUUUCCCUGGAGUCUCUCAAUAAAUUUAACAGCAAUAACGUACUUUUAUUAGAAAAAGAGAAGAACUGUCUGAACAAGGUUGAAGGACAAAAGGAAGAAAAUGGGAAGAAAGAAGAAGCUUCCUUAAAUAGCUCAGGAAGGAACGAUGCGGACAAUUUAGAAUCCUUGAGCGAUUCUCUAUAUGAUAGCUUCUCCUCUUGCACCAGCCAAGGCUCAAACGAUGUCUAGAGACACUUCCCUGUGGGUUGUGGCUGCAGCACAUAACGCAGCUGAAGGAGAGUGAGGAGUGAGAGGGGGAGAAGAGGUGGCUGUUGAAAAUUCUCCCUCCGAAUCGCUGCGCUCCCAGCAGGGUGUUGUGACUUCCCACCACACAGCAAUAAGAAAGGCAAGACAGCAGUCAUCGUGGUGUGUGAGCCUCGACACUGAACACAGCAGUGACACAGAAUAAAGUCUGAAUUUUGCACUUUUGUGAAUAUUUGUACAGUUGUAAGUAUUUUGGGAAAAUAUAUUUGUAGGGAUAAAUGACAGCAAUAAAUAUUAAAUUGGUGCUAUGCUCCUAUAAUGGCAGACUACUAACUUAAAGAAACUAAUGUUAAGAUUAACAAGAAAAGUUGGUAGAUUUUUUAAGAAAGAUUUAUAAUUGUUCUAGUCUUUAAACUGUAUGUAGAAACACUGCAUUCCCAUAGACCUGAGUCUGCCAAAUUGGCUGUAAUGACCUUUCUUGGACUCCUUUUUACAAAAUAUGUUUUAUUGUUUAUUUUUAGUGCAAUUCCAUGCAGGUGUUCUAGGGAAAUGUGCAUUUUGUUUAUUACAGUUUUACAACAGGUGUCUUAUUUUGAGAGGGUUUUGACUUCUGACAUGACAAGAAAAUGAAUAGAUGAAAAGGCCUGAUGCUGCUGGUAUUGACUUCAUCAAUCAUACACAUAACUGAAAGACCAGGGUCAGACUAAUUCACUGCUGACACACCAGGAGUCUUGUAUAAAUGAGAGCUGCAUAAACCGCCCUUCACUUCUGACUGCAACACAGUUUCUCUACUUCCACCUCCUGUGUACUCAUUUCCCAUCAAAUGACGAAUGUACCAUACUGUGUGAUGUUUUCUAGUCCCUGUUUGGUCGUAAUUACAUUGUAUGUGUUAAAAUUACUUUUAAUAUAUGAAACCCAACUCCUGUUUGUGGCGCACUUCAAAAAGAUGUCGAUGCUAACCCAUACUAGUUUAAACAUAUCUAGAACAGGGGGAUCGGCCUGUAUCGGCUGCGUUUGGCUUUUUCUACAAAGGUUGUUUAUAUGUAAGGGAAAGUCUAUUUCAAAGGUUCUGUGUAUUUUUUCUAGAUGUGAAGUAUUUAUAACUGCUUUUUGUACAGCAAUCUGUAAACUAGACAUAUUUGGGAUAUUUCUAGACUCUACAGUUUCUUUAGCACAUGCCUGUUAUCUUUGAAGAGCUGUAUGAUCAGUGUUGAUACCUUGUGCAAUUUGUUGUAUUUCAAGUCAUUUCUGCCAUAAACUUGCGUUGUCUUUUUCAACUUUUAAGACAUUUUGAUCGGGAUGUCUUUCAUAAAUAAAAUUUCUCUUGCAUA